UUAUAAAAUACUGGAACCGAUCUCGUGAUAACAUUAAAUCGGUGAGGUUCACAAAUGUCAUCUGCUUCACGUUGAUGCUGCCUCAAGGUAUUCUUCAAGAGAAUGCAAGAAAUUGACAAUGGCAAGCCACAUGGAAAGUAACCAUGUCAACAAAGAUGCUGACUUUGAUGUAAGAGAACUGUUUAAUUUGUUAGACUCUGCAAAUAUAACCGAUGUUACAGAAAUAAAAGAUUUAGUUCAAGAAAAAUUAAUUUCAAAUAGUAACACAUGGAUCCUGAACAGUCUGGUGGAGUACUACUACAUAACCUCAUCAAAGGAAGCAAUAGACAUAUUAAUCAAUGUAAAAGCUCCUCAUGAUAAGCAUCUUGUUGACAAGAUCAGUGAAGGGAUACGAGGGGCUCAACACAGGUUGAAAGCAGUUCAAUUGUUACUUCAUGUAGUUUGUAAAGAGCCCACGUGGAUACACACAAAUGACAAAAUUAUUUCACAGUCUGUAUUUGGAGCACUUAUGAAAUGUUUAAAGAAUGAAACAGAUGUACCAAUACUAAUGACAGGAGUUAUGUCCCUUACCGUACUGUUACCUUCCAUUCCUACAUACCUGGGGCAUCAGUUGUCAACUAUCUUUGAAGUGUUUUCUCAUUUGAUGACAUUCAGUCACAAGAAACCAGGAAGUCCUAGUGCUAGAGGUACUGCGGGUAAUGUUCCUGAUGUAUAUUUACUUCACCUCCAGGUGGCACUGUAUUCAUUAUUUCAUCGUCUGUAUGGAAUGUUUCCUUAUACUUUCUUAGCAUAUUUACGAACUUACUACGGUAAAAAAGACAAUAUUGCUGUAUAUGAAGAAUGUGUAAAGCCAAUGCUGGAGAGAGUACGUCUUCAUCCCGGUCUCAUCACAGGAAAUAGAGAUGCUGAGGUCUCGAACAGUCGCUGGCGGACAAUGGAAAUACAAGAUGUUGUAAUGGAAUGUGCCAAAAUGUCUCUGGAUGUGAUGGAGGGCAUGUGGGAUGACUCGUCUGAGUCAUUGAAAAAAAACAUUUUGUAUAAACCUCUUGAUCAAUCUAAAUCCAAGGAUAUAACAUUCCAAAAUAGAGGUAAGGAUGAGAAAAAUGUAGUGUACAAACCUCUUGAGCAAUCUAAAUCCAAGGAUAUAAUAUUCCAAAAUAGAGACAGUUCAAUGUUACGGGUUCCAGAUCCAAUUCCCUUUUCAGGGAACCAGGCCGAUACAUUUUUUAGUCCAUCUAUAGCAAUUGGAAUGUCAACUCCUCCACCAUCACAGAGAAAUACCCCAGCUACAAAUGUACUUGAAACUUCCAGUUCAACACAUGCCCCCUCUGCUCCUGGAACUCAUGGAAAUACACCAGUGAUAACUCCCAGAGCUACACCUCCUAUUUUUGAAGAUGCUGAAAAGGGUCUUAGUAGAAACAGUAGCAGAGGAUCUUUGUUUACUAAAGGCUCCGAUAAACGUGCAUCACUAACCAUUGUUACGAAAUCUCAACCAGGAAGUGAUGUAAAAUCAUCGGUGCCACCAUCUCCUAUUAAAACAGAAUUCACGGCAGAACCUCCAACAGGAAUGUUUAAAUCUCUACCCAUUAGAACAACAGCUAGAGAAUUGAAAUUUGACAUUGUUCCAGAAUCUCCAAUUGCGUCAUUUGUGGAUCAUGGGAUGAUGUAUCACCCAAGUAAUACUAAGGAAGAAAAGGAUGAUGGGAUAGAGCAUGUAACUAUAGAAAGAAAAGACAGCUUAGAAAGGCCAGAUCUCAUGGAGUCAUUCUCCAUGGAGACACUACCCAAAAUGAUGGAGGAUUUACAUGGGAGUGAUGAAGAUGAUGAAGUAUCUGAAAUCACACAGAACCAAUCCGAAUCAAGGGUACAUUUAACAGCUGAAUCGGUGGCACAGUUCAUGAAAAGUGUUAAUCGAAUACGAUUCAACAGUUUAACAGCAACCAACAAUUUAGACUUAUACAAACAAGAAAGAUACAAAAAAACUAGGUCAAAUUCUUGUCCCAGUUUACCGAAAUUGUCCUCCGUGGAUAAUGAGGAUAGUGAAGAUGAAAACGAGGAGGAAUUGUCACGAUCUACUUCCAUGGUAUCUAACUUAAAACGGCAAAUCUCACAAACUAGUCAACAAGAUAGUCCACAAUCAUCAUUACCUGUUGUUACAACAGUUACUACAGAAACAAGUUCUGUAACUAUGACAACAUCAUCACACAUCAGUAUUACAUCAUGUCCAGUGUUUACACAGUCAGACAAUCAACCCGUUCCACAAUCUCAGAACAGUUUUAUGGAUGUGAUAAAAAAUUCUUUGCUGCCAAAUUCAAUGCACCUGUGCCAAAGAUGCAAAACUUAUAUGGUGUCAGAUAAAAACCAGGGUAAAGAAGUGCCAUUGUUUCAAUCCCUGUCACCAUUAGAACUACUAGAUAAACAUUUAACUAUGGGACGAGAAAUUCAUGCCAAAGAAUUGAGUAAAAUUCCUAUAACUAGUCAAGAUGCUAUAAACUGGACACAUUUUGGAGGUGCCCCACCAGCUGAUGAAAUCAACAUUUUACGAGGCCAGAUAAUUAUGAUGGAGAACCAAUUAAUGUAUGAAAGACAUAAACGAGAACUGCAUAAUAAAAGGAAUCGUAGGCUACUGAGAAAGAUUGCUAAUGCUGAAACUCUAGAGGAAAAUAAUAAUGUUAUGGCAGGACAAAUCAACAUACUUGAGACAGAAAUACAAAAUUUUAAGAUUUCAACAAAAUUAUUACAAGAUGAAAACAGAAAGUUAAAAGACCUACAAGAGAGUAAUGAGUAUGAGAUGCUAGUCAAACUCAGAAGUUGUUUGCAAGAGAACUCCGAUCUGAAGUCCACUAAAACUGAACUUAACACUUUACUAGUAAGACAGAGAGAAGAACAAGAUGCUUUAAAAAAGAAAUUACAAGAAUCUGAGAACAAACUAUUUCACAAUCAGCAGGAAAUUUCUCACUUAAAAGAGCAAGGAGAAAUAGCACAGAAACUCAAAGAUCAGAUGCUGCAGACCCAUAAAGAAUUGAUGUUGAUGGGAGAACUGCAACAAAAAUACCAGGAAAAUAUCAACAUCAAUAAAUACAGGAAUAACAAACAACCUGAACAUGAUAUGGUAGUCUCUACACUUAAGGCUGAAAUUAAAGUUUUACAAGCCCAGCUGGAUCGUGAUUCCUUACAAUUAACAGCUUGUCAGCAAAGGAUUGUAGAACUAGAAGAAAAUGUCAAAAAUAAGGAUGUAUGGGUAACAGAAUUAAAAAAGAAGUUAGAAGAUGUGAAGAUCAGUCAGGAAGAUGAAAUAAAGUCAAUAGAAGAUAAAUACCAGUCUGUAAUGAAGAUUAACCAAGGACUUGAAGGAAAAUUGUUACAGUUAUACAGUCAAGUGGAUGAACUGAGACGUCCCACACAAACCAAAGGUGCUUCAUUUUCUCCUCUACAUGAAUACGUUGAUUCCAGUAACAAUAGAAACAGAACAGAAUCAGAUCCUAGUGCUAUGGAAAUAGCUCCCAAACAAACUGUACAAACUGUAUACAAGUUUCAUAGUGUUCCAGCAAAUGACACAUUCAACCCGUCCCACACAGAAACUCACAAUGAUAUCCCACACAGUGUUGGUGCAAGGGAAAUAGAUGGAGCAUCUUUAGUGUCUAAAGAAUCCGGAAUUGAACCUUGACAUUUUUAAUCUUUGUCAGAAUUUUUAAUCAACUGGUCAUAACAAAGAUUUUCUAGGUACCAAUUUUUGCUGAAGGUGCUUAUUUAUCAAAAUGUAUUGAGUAUGCAUUACAUAGAUAUUUUCAACAAGAAUGGAAAGCCAUAGCAUAAAUACUUACAAACUUUAAUUACUGUUGAUUAAUUUGUUUUUUGUGGAUUGAGGAAUGCCUGUAUUUUGGUGGAUAUUUGAUUUCGUGAUUUUGCCAAAGUCUGCAUACAAGCCUUCAGAAAAUAUAUACUUCGUUCAAUAUUUAAACAUGGUUUACCUAAACCAAUGAAAAUUUGCAUGCAACUUAUAAUUAUGAAUGUACAGUAUAUAUUUUUUCCAUCAAGCUUAGCUAACACUUUCUGUAAUAUGACAGUAUUUUCACCAUCAUGUAGCUUAUCAACUUGUUAUUGUUUGUUUUUCAGUGGCAAAUAUUUCAUGCAUAUCCAGGAUGACAAGAAACUUGUGAGUCAAAUUGCAAGUUAUAUUAAUUUCUGUUUAUAAGGUGUACUUAUGUGAAAAAAAGAUAUACCUUUCAUCAGGAUCUGAUAUUCUCAUGCUUUAGGGAAAUAAAGAAAAAAUAUUAUAUUACUCUAAAAAGACAAAUAUAGUUUGUUAAAAACUUUCCUUUAUAUCAUUGCAAAUCAUGAAAGAAAAUUAAGAGUCCCCCAUCCACUCAUUAAUAAUUUGCCUGAUUAAAUGGUGGUAGAAAUGGGAAGGCCAUGUUUGAUUUUCUCAACUGACUUUUUUAAUAUAUAUUUUUUUUAUAUUUCUCAAAAGGAGUUAUACUGUCUGUAUGGUAUCAAUAUUAUUACAGUGGCAUCUUUAACUUUUAACUAUUUAUACUUUAAAAGUUUGUCUAAUUUAAAACAUUAGGCAAUAAACAUUGUUACAGAUUGAAUAUAUGAAGAGAUUUGGAUAUAAAUUAUAUUCAUUGUAUUACAUAAGGUGUUGCAAAAACUGAAUAAGGUUCUCCUGGUGUCUUCUUCCAUCUUGGAUUGUAAAAUAAUGAAAUGUGAAAUUUAAGAGAGAAGAAUGUAGUUCAUUUGUAAAACUGUUCUUGUUAAUAUAGAAAAUUAUGUGUUUUAUCAUAGUUUUAGGACUGUUUUUUACAAUAACAAAUUUCAAUUUUUUCAACUUUGCCAUACAAGGGGAGAUAACUCAGAUUAUGUAAGAUGUAGAAGGAAUUUACCUAUUUUGUUUUGUAGCAAGAAAACGAGUCCUGUGACCCCAAUUUUUACUUUUUCUUUUCUGAAAGCACAUUAUGAGAGCUAUGUUCUCAUAUUUUAUCUUAAAAUUCUAUCAUUAAGUUUUCUUUUUAUCACACAAAAUUUGGUUUUCCAUGCAUAUUCUAUACAAAAUCUGGCAAUUUUGCACAUCCUGUAGUGUGAAAGAAAGCCCUGUGACUCAUACUUUUUAUUUUAUUUUUGAAAAAAGCAUGAAAUAAUUUACAUUUUGCCAAAUUAUUAGAAAAUUGUAUAAAGGAGUAGGUCCGGUAAGGACCGAUUUUGGCCUCAAAUUUCAGGUUCAUUUGAUGAAAAAUUUUGGACACUUUUUAAACACUUAAGUGUCUACUUGAGUCGAUUCAUGUAGUUUAUGUGAAAGAUUUGAACUGAUUCAGUCAUUAAAGACGCUCAAAUUCAAGCUUAAAUAUGAAAAAUCUGUCAAAUAUGCCAUAAUAGGUCACUUUUCAGAUGUUUUUUGUCAAAAAUGAAAGUGGCCGCAUCCGUGUUCACUCUCAACCUUCAUAUAUGUUAUGUAUUAUCAUAAAAUACAACAUACAUUUAAAUAUUAAGAAUGAACACGAAUGCGGCCACUUCCAUUUAAGACGGAAACUGUCUAAAAUUUAACUCAAAUGCUUAAAUUGUGAAGAUUUCAGUAAUUUAGCACGACUUAUUGAUGCUAGUGCCCGAUAUAUGUGCAUUGUAUUGUCAAAAACAGCCUAUAGUUAUGUAACAUAAGUAUUCUACUUUCAAAUAAAUAGCUAAAAGUUUACAUUUUAACAAUUUUGUAAAACUGCUAUAUUUUGGGUCCAAAAAAGGGUCUUACUGGACCUACUCCUUUGAAUUUAGAUCCCCCACCUUUAUUAAGUAUUAUUUUCCUUUUUUUUAAGUCCUAUUUUUCACUCAGUUAUUCAAUAGAGUACAUGUUUGAAAAAAUUAAGAACUUAAGAGAGUAAUCAAUAUUAACCUAAAUAUCUGAGUUCAGGUAUAGCAUAUGAUGGUUUGUGCUUAAAGGCCAUGUAUUUUUAUCUGUGUAAUGAUCUGAUGGUUUCAAGAAUUUGUUUUGAGUUGAAGAUGCAGCUGAAUGUGAAUGAUUUUAUCUUAUGACAUGAUGCUCUGAAGCAUCCUGGAUUAUUUUAAAUGAUUUAUACAAUGUGUAUUGGUUAGUGCUAUACCAGUGAACAGUCCAUGCUAGUCCAUGGCAUGUGUGAUUAUUUAUUUGAAAAAAAAUAUUUAUUAAAAUUAAGUGCCA